AUGACCUCGUUAACUACGACCCAUGGCAGCUCUGCGCGGGCGCAUCUGCCUAAUAAGGUUCAUCUAGAAGAAGGGGCAACAGAAUCCAGAGAGAUGGGAGCCAUCACACCACAGAAGGACAACGCACCAAAAGCGAAACCUUUGGCUCAUUUCGUUGCUGGAGGAAUCGGUGGAAUGACCGCUGCCACACUGACGAGUCCCCUUGACGUCCUUAAGACCAGAUUACAAUCCGAUUUUUACCAAACUCAACUUCAAGCUUUGCGCGCUUCACAUCCCGUUCGCCCAGCUCCGCUAUUCAUCGCUCUCCCACGCAGCGCACUUGUACAUUUCAAAGAAACAUUUCAAAUUCUCCACUCUAUAUACUUGCAUGAAGGCCCUCGCGCUUUGUUCAAGGGACUUGGGCCAAAUCUUAUCGGUGUCGUACCAGCACGCGCUAUCAAUUUCUACGUCUAUGGAAACGGCAAGCGCAUCCUCAGCAAUUACUUUGGUUAUCAUGACUCGAUGACAACACCAUGGAAUAUCCACCUCGGCGCUGCCGCUAUUGCUGGCAUAGCUACUGGUACAGCAACAAACCCGAUCUGGCUCAUCAAGACCCGACUACAACUCGAUAAAUCGAACGCCGAAAGCGGCAAGGGUGGCCGACAAUAUAAGAACAGCUGGGACUGCAUCAAGCAGACGGUCAGACAUGAGGGAAUACGUGGCUUGUAUAAGGGAUUGUCAGCGUCGUAUCUCGGUGUCACCGAAAGUGCAACGCAAUGGGUUCUCUAUGAGCAGAUGAAGAUGUAUUUGGCUCGACGCGAGGCCGCAAAGGCCGCUGAUCCGAACCAUGUGCCGUCCACAUGGGACGACGUUGAGCUUUGGGGUGGUCGUCUUUUGGCUGCUGGAGCAGCGAAGUUGUUUGCGGCAGUGGCUACAUAUCCCCAUGAAGUCGUGCGUACGCGGUUGCGACAAGCACCUGUUGUGCCGGUUGCAGGUGGUAAGAUGCAGGUCAAAUAUACUGGUCUGGUUCAGUGCUUCAAGGUCGUUGCCAAAGAGGAAGGAUUGGCUGGUCUGUAUGGCGGGCUGACGCCGCAUUUGUUGCGUGUGGUACCGUCGGCAGCCAUCAUGUUCGGAAUGUACGAGGUCAUUCUACGUCUCUUCGGCACCACUUCUUAA